AUGCCAUGUAGCAAUUGUUCGAAACGCCGAACGUCUUGCCACUUCAGUCAAAAUAAACGAAGAACAAGAGCGCCUGAUGAAGAAGGAUCUGGUGAGAUCCCCAGUUCAGCAUGGCUGCUCGAGAACCUGCCUACAAAUGCUCCUCUUGCAUCUGGAUUGGAAAUUCAAAUCAGCCUUGAGAAUCCCGAGCAAUCUCAUGAACAACCAGCUUGGCUCAAUAGCAUCAGUGAAGUUGCGAAAACACCUGCUCUUGCUCGACCUUAUUCCGGCAGAAUUUACAUGGAUGAGAUGCUUGAGUGCGAGGACGUACACGGCAAGGAAUUCCAUGCAAGUCUGAUCCCAAAGUCUGAAAAGCAGAACGUCUCGAGCUCUAGUCUUUCCCUUUUCUCAGACAGCGACAUUCGCUCAAUCUCGGAAAAGUUACGCAAUGCUCGAUUCGGCGAGUUGAUCGAAUCGUUCUCAGACUCAAUCAACAAGCGUUUGAAUAGAAAAGCAAACAAAUCUUAUCCUAAAGUGACAUUCAAGAAGAAGUCGCAAAAAGUGACAUUGUCUUCUGAACAGCGAGCCGAACAUGUUCGCUGUUAUUUCGAUCACGUACACCCCCUUUUCCCAUUCUUGGUAAGGAAGGAUUUCGAACAGCAAAUUCUGGAACACGGAAACCAGGAUCUACUCGAGCAAGAUACACCAUUCUAUGUCCUAUACCACGCUAUUCAGGCAACUGGUAGCCAGUAUUGUGGCCAAGGUGCAUUCGAACCCGGGAUCGGAAAGGCGUGGGCGCUUUUUCAGACAGCGCUUGAUCGCUUGGACGAAUUACUAGGCUCCCGGCCAUGUCUGGAGAGUGUCCAGGCGCUACUAGCAAUGUUUGUCUUCUCCAUGACCCAUUGCGGCGGUCAAAUCGCAGAAACACUACUAUCGGAAGCAGCAAGGAUGGCCCAAUUUGUUCGACUCAACAAAGGCUCCAGUACUUUGACAGCUGGAGCCCAUCAACGUACAUUCUGGGUAGUUUACUCUCUGGAGAAGCUGUCGUGUUUCUGUCAAGGGCGGACUUCUAGUAUUCCUGACGAUGAUAUUGGCUGCCACAUUCCACACAUUCCCGAAGCAAUCUUUGCAGAGUUCAACUGGUUCUUGUCCUCUGUUCGGCUUGGCCGAUUGGUUUCAAAAGCCCAAAGUGCACUAUUUUCGGUCAGCGCUACCAUGAAGUUGAAUGACGAAUAUCAGCAAGAUCUAGUAACCACGAGAGGAGAACUGGAGGCGUGGAGGCAGUCCCUGCCAAUGAACUUCCGUCCGGGAGAGCGGUUCGCCAGAGCUCAUUUCUCAAGUUCGACUUCUGUGAUGGCGGCUCUACGCACCCAUCUGGUGUAUCACAACUUUGUCAUGGUGCUAUGUCGACUAACUCUGCAGGUGGUUGAGCUAAGUUCUGGUAGAUCACUGUUGGACACUCGUCAGGAAUUCAUGAACUCUGCUCGUCGAGUGAUUGAGUUGACAGGUCACAUUGAGGUGGAGCCGUAUGCGCCUUCCCUACUCUUGACUGUCAUCCCCUUGUCUGCAUUCCUUAGCCUAUUUCAUUUGGUCAUCGACAAUCCGAAGCAUGCCGAAACAAGAGACAACCUGACAUUCUUGGAUGUCGCUGCCGGUUAUUUUCGUCGCCUGGAGUACGCCACAAAGCAAGAAUUCCCGUUCUCCAUCUUCCCAAAAUUGGUGUCGGUUGCCCAGGAAUUCGUGCAAAAGCUACCUCUGGCGGCAGCGACAGCAUCCGCGAUGGAAGUUGAGACACUUCCCAUAUCAGAGGAUGAGGUAGGUAUGGGUGCAGGAGUAGAGCUGCAAACGAUAUCAGGUUCGGGUAUUUCAGUCAGUCCAGAAGUGUCUUUCCAGGCGCAAAAUGUCUUUGGAGAGGCUCUAUAUGGAAUGAAUGGAAAUAUUCAGUUGGACCAGCAAUCUCUGUCGGCAGAGCAAGUUGGUUAUCGGGGAGAUGGCACAAGCUUUACGGACAACGAGGUCGUCGACUUCUUUGGUAAUCUUUUGGACGGCACUUGUAGCUCCUUAUAUGGGACUGAAUUUGGCUGGCAAUGA